CAAGGCUGAAUGUACUGCCUAUCAGCAAGGCUGUGGCUGCACAGUCAUCCGACGAGUCUUCAGCCUGAUGCGGGCUGAUCUCCUUCUUUACAUCUUGCUUCCACUCUCUAUUCUUUCUUUAUGAGUUGUGGCUUACUCUAGUGCCUCCUUCGUCAUUCAUUUAUAGGAAGUCGAAACAUCUCACUACGACAUGGCUGAAACUGAGGCGCAUAAAGAAAGUCAUGAACCUAGGAGGUCCGAGCCUACAUUGCCCGCCGAACGGCCUUCUCUUCUGUCAUCCUCGUCCAACACCACCUCUACCGUGCCCAAGGUCCGCAAGGUUGCCAACAUCGAUACCGGCCUUGCUUCGCGCUACCAUCACAAUAACCCUCGCGCAUCUCCAAGCGCUUCAUCGACACAACCCUCUGGCCGAGGUAAAGUUCCAGCUGCUAACAAGGACAAGCAAAUCUAUGAAGAAAGCUCCGCCCUGCAGGAGUUCGAUUUCGAUGAACACAUUCAAUGGCCCAAGGCACAGUUACCUAGCAAUGGGGGCUUUCAAUGGAUCACCGGCACCCACCCUGAUGAUUUUAAGACCAAAGACGCCAUGCAAACUAUACGUCAGGCUGCCAUGAGCAGUUAUUUGAUGGGAGCAAGGAAAAUGGCCGAGUCACGGACAAGCGUCGGUAGUCAAGAUGCUUCAAAACCUCAGUCUUCCCAGUCUUCGAAAGGCAAAGGUAAAAGAACGAGCGAACUUCAGACGCCGAGCAAAGCUACCUGGAAGACGACAAGACCGAGCGUAGAAGAUGUGAUCGAUGGCUCAUCUAUGAUCUCUACAACAUCCGAUCCUAUGGAAUCUGUGUUCUCUGCAGAAUCUUCAGGGACCUCAAUGACAGUAUUCUCUCAGGGGAGUACGAGUGGAUUCUCACGUGAGCAGGUCCAGACUGCAACACGAGUAUUCGUAUCCGUUAUACAGUCAGACCAAAUACUAGGACCAAUAUACAAAUCUGCCCGCAAUGAUCCCACUGUUGGGCCAAGUAAGUUACGUUCAUACGUACGUGCAACUCUUAAAGCGUAUGCGGAGAAUCUUAAAACCGAGGCCAAGGACCACCUGGAACAUACUGCAUCGAAGCUUGUGCGUGUUCAAGCCGGUCACGCCGCUCGAUGCGUUAGUAGUGACAACAAGUUCACACAUGGACCAAUGAAAGACUCGAACGAUAGUUCCGAUGACGAGUUUCAAGAACAGCCCGUCGACGAGCGCCAGUUCGAUGACGAUCUAGAUGCUUUCCGAUCGUUUUUGACACAGAGCAAUGCUUUUGCGAUACUUCGAGAUCAUACGCAAUUGUUCUUCUCCUAUCAACCUAUCAUAACGGCCGCCGAGAGUUCCGAAACCCACUUUGGAGAAGACAUCCCAGAGCACACAGAAGGCGGUAGAUCAGGAAAAGGACUCAUACGUACAUUCAAGGAUACAGUUAUGUUCAUGAUAAUAAAUAUCCUAGUAUCAUUGGAAUGUCUGGAACCUCCUUUGGAGACUGAUUGGACUCGAAUCAAGAUCGAAUGCCACACGUGUGGUGAACGCUCCUUUGACGAUGUUCUAGAGCAUUGCGAAGGCGGUAUAGCUCAGCUGAAGCAAUGGAUGGAACGCGCCCUGAAUGCCACAAUCACAGUCGUCCACCCCAACGAAGAGGCUGCUUCUACUCACGGCCGUUGGCACUCCCCUGCACUGGCACACAACACACUUCGUGGGCUCCAAAGAAUAUUCAGACGGGGAAAACCACGGACAGAUCCGGUACUGCCUGAACAUAACGGUCCACAGCUAGAAAGUGAACCUCGUAGAGCAAAAUCGCCCUCCCCCCAAAGAUCGUCGCUCCAACUUAUGUCUUGUGUGCAUCGCAAUUGGGAGCAUCGAAUCUUGCUUCAAGAUCGAGUAGAUCACAUUAACACCGACCGUGAAUUCUUCACUUUCUUGAAGACGCAGGUGCGGAAACGGCGUUCUCGUGUGAUGCGCAUUUUGUCUUGCAGGAAGAUUCAAGCGAUUCACUUCACCAUGUUCAGACUUCGCAUGGGUAACAGAUUAGAAGUGCGUGAUCACAGAGAUUGCUGCAAAGCCAGCUGCAACUGCUUGCCUCCACGUGAUCAUCCAGAUUACGACUUCGCAUGCCCCCUGGACAGCACAUACCCAGUAAUACCACCAAGAGCCUUCGCACACAUGCUAAAGCACACAAGACGAGACGUCCAUGAGGAUCAAACUCACAUCUAUAGAUGGGUACCAAAACGAAAAGGCACGACAUUAGAUGUGGAUCCUAAGACAGAACUGGCAGAUGCGUGGGGUCUCUACUUUGAGGAGGGUUGGGAUCCGAACGAUAUCAUGACGCUCUUCGGCCUGGUGUUCGUCGUCAGUUUGAUCUUCCUUGUAUGCUGGUCAAAGUACACAUCAGAUGUCUCGGCUGCGUCGGGUGUCAGUUCUUACAUGAUCACUGUAGCUGGCAUCGCGAUCUCCCUGCUUGUUAUAAGAGCUGGCAAUAUGUAACAAGGGCGAUUUAGGCUUGAAUGAUCAACGCAGGCUUACUUUCUCGGGACUUGAAAGAUGGACUUAGUGUCAAUACUAUUGGCAGCGUAUCGCAUAC